AACGAAGACAUUGUUGAGUAUGCAAAGCAUUUCCAUAAAACCCAAUGCUGUGUGGAUUAUUUUGUUUAGUACUGACAGUCAUUUUGCUUCGUGUGUGUGUGUGUGAUAGGAAACAACUGUACAUUGAUUCGUACAAACUUCGAUUUUAGUUGGAGGGGGAAAAGAAAAAGGACAACAAUUCGGAGUUCGUGUCGUUUCCUGAUUUUCCAAAGAAAAUUCAUUCAAAAUGGUGGUGUGGUGUUUGAUUAUUUGAAGGAGGCCAUUUACGUCAGCUGCGUUUUCACCGCAUUUCUCGACAGGACGGUGGACAAAUCUCCUGUUGUUGCUGUUGCGCUAGUCGUCACUGCGACAGCUGGACCGACUGCCGGACGAAUCGAAGCGCCAAUCAUCAGAACACGAAGCCGAUCCCUGGCGUAUUUGUGCACCCGACUACCACCGUCCAAAUCACGAUGCGCUGGUUCCGAAAAGGAACGGAAGACAACGCCCCGCGAUUGAUCAGCUUAUCGCCGCUCCGGCAGCUGGACUCGACUGCAGCGGCCGACGCGGAGGUCGCUAGCGUCGGACGAUGGGCGUCCUACCACAGCGCCGGGAUGUAUCCCCGAAGCGGCCAAGUGGACGCGGAAGACACGUCGUCCACUUUGGAUCUCCCGCUGCCUUCGCCUCACAACAUCCAGCACAGGCGUUCCAGGUCAGCCUUGUCGGAUAACAUGGCCGCCGAUAGGUCCUCCUCUUAUGCUGACCAUCAUCAUCACCUGCCGUGCACACUCAAGAGGAAGCCGGCCGUCAGGAGACGCAGCGGAGGCAAAGGUUCGUGCGGAUGGCGAUCGUCCAUGUCAUCGGCCUCAGCGUCAUCUAGGUGUCUCUCCAGCGCUACUCUGGCCUUCCCGCCGGCUGUGCCCAAGGUGCCGGCAACCGCGGCUCGUAAUUUCACGACAACCGAAGGGUCGUUCGUCCGGCCGCAGCCGACGCCUCGCGUCCGAUACGCCAACCGUGUGCCGCUCCAGUACGACGAAGCCAAUGAUGAAGAGGACGAGGACGAAGACUGGACCAGAUUGUACGGAAUUUGUUCCACAGAUGGCGGCACCGUCUCGGCAGCCACCGGACGCCGCCUCUCGCCCAUCCGGGCCUUCGGUCAGAACCACAGGAGGACUGCCAGCUUGGAUAACAUUAUCGACGGCUGUAUGGACGACGCUUCGACGCCGGUGAUGACAUCUAGCCGUCGAAAUCGCAUGCGUCCACUGCCGGCCGAGUACCAACCUUCCGUGGCCGUUGAGAAUCGUUCGCAGCCUCCGCGCUGGAGCCCUCAGCGAUUCAUGAGCAUCAAUAAGGAUUCAAUGUCAUCGCCGAAGAGUUCAGUGGAUGAUAAGCUGUUGGCCCUUAAACCUUUGGAUGAUGGAUCCAACGGAUUAUCGGCCAGCUCGGGAAUGUUCAAAACCAAAUUAAAAUCCAUCUCGGAUAAGUACCUGAAGAAUCCGGUGGCCGGAAUAGUUACAAACGGAAGAGACACUUUAACGGGCAGUCUGCUGAAUCGCAUUCGCAACAGACAACAUCAUCCGAUGAAAGAUUCCGAACAGCCUGAUAAAGCCAACCGGAGCAGCUUCCGCAGUUUCUCUUGCAGUACGCUUCCGUCGCUUGACGAUUUCCACCGCAAGAGGCUGCUGGCCGCUUCCAGCUCUGCCGGAGCUUCUGCUAACUUGUCGAGCUCGUCCGAACUGCAGGACGAGCUCGAUUCGCCCGGCAGUCCGAUCGUGCUCCGCGGCGAAGGCGACAGCGACAGCGGCAUCGUCCCCGAAUGGUCCGACACCAGUUCCAUCUCGGAAUCGUCUUACAUCCGACACUUCCAGCCCUGUCAGCUCCUCUCUUCCUGGAGGAAACCUCAGCCCAAAGUCCGUCGCUCUUUGUCGCCCAUUUUCCAGUACCGGGCGCUUAACACGACGGUGGAUUCGGUGGAUUCAUCGGCCGUCGCUUCGACUACGCUGCUGUCCACUUCGGGAGCUUACGAGAACCUCUGGCCGGAUGAGGAAUGCGAACCAACCGUUCCAGAACAUCACUCCGUCCUGUCUUCAGCUGAUUCAACCUCAGCUGCUCAUGGGUCUGCGGAAGAGUCGCACGAAUGUAACGUCACACCGGCGCUGGCGUCUUCACCAACACCUCCAGCGGAUGAGGAGGCGUCUCCCGAUUGCGAAGAUGAUCAUCGGGUUAUUCACACGACUCGCAUCCAUAUUGAGUAUCCACCUCCGCCGGUACCUGCGUCCGAAUCUUCGAUUCCAACCAAGACGUCGGAAUCAUCUUCGCCGCAUUACCUGACGGCUUCGCUGGACAGGAGAGCCGUAGCCAGAGGCAAAUCAACGUUUGCCAGCCAUCGCGAUACGUGCGGCGGCACUUCGGUCCACCUCAUCAAAAUCGAACGUCAGUCGGACAAUUUGAAAGCCGAGCUGGGCAUUUUUAUUGCCAAAAAGAAGCUGACUCGAGGCAGCAUUGGCUAUUUAGUAGCUCACAUCGUACCUGGAGGGCUAGUCGAUCGUGACGGCCGACUUCAACUGGAAGACGAGAUUGUCAACGUUAACGGGCGCCGAUUGCGCAAUUUGUCGAUGGUCCAGGCCAGCGCCGUCCUUCGUUUGCCGGUGCCCGUCGUCGAGAUGGUCAUUUGCCGCGGAGGGAGCGGUCCGGCUGCAGAUUUGCGUGCGAAACGCCGUUCCGUUGACGACAUGCUGCAAGAGAACGCGGCGACUAUUAUCCUCGUCAACGGCGAUUCGAUGCCCGUCAAUUCCCGCCCACAGAUGGACGAGGAUCCUUGCUACGAGAACGUUGUUUUACCGCCAGAUGGCGACACGAUCGUUCGCCAUCAUCACCAACAACAAAAGUUGCCACCGCAACACUUAGAUGACUCUGGCGUCGAGAUUAGCGAGAGCGGUAGCUGCAGCUCGGGCUCUCACCUGGAAGCGGAUGGAUUGCUCGAUUUGGCACCGUCAUCCAAUGAAAGCGGCAGCGGCGGUUCCUUUCGCUGCCCUGUGUCGCAGGUCAGAAAUGCGUUGAACUCGUCGCCGGAUGACGAACCGCCGUCGUCCAAUGGCGACAGCGUUAGCGUCUCGACCUCGAGCGCUACGAGCCGGAGCUACAGCGUCAAUGGCGGUGAUGACCUGGCUGUUAGCACAGGCUCGACGGCUGGCGCCAACAACCAGCCGGCCAAAGGGAAAAAAGGCUCCGACUUUUGUACGUUGCCGCGCCGACCGCGGACCCAGAUCUCGCACUCUUUCUACACGAUCGUCUACGAGAAAGGGCCGGGCAAAAAGAGUCUGGGCUUCACCAUCGUCGGCGGCAUCGAUUCGCCCAAAGGGCCCAUGAGCUUCUUCGUCAAAACAAUCUUCCCUAACGGCCAGGCAGCCGACGACGGCCGACUAAUUGAAGGUGACGAAAUUCUGGCCAUCAAUGGAACCGGUCUGGAAGGAUUGAGACACGCUCAAGCCAUCGGUUUUUUCAAAGCCAUCAAAUCGGGCAAUGUGGCCCUGCAAGUUUGCCGCCGCCUCAGACGCAGCCAAAUAAAUCCCGAUAAAUCACGGUCAUGCAACGAUCUACUACAGGAGACUGGCGACAAUGACAGCUGAAAAGUAGAAACUACUUUUUUUUUUCCUUUUUCGAAAACUCCGUGAUGUCAAGGACCGUCUCGUCAGUGACUUAUCCUCAUUCGAAAGCACCAGACAAUUUUUUCUACAAACCGUUGGCAUGGAUUCGAACCUUUUUUUUUUCUUUCCUCUUCUCGUAUUUUACAAUCCGAUAUGUUACAGACAACGUCCAUCAUCUCCUUCGUGUGCUCUCACUGUCAUUUGACGACGCGGGGGAUAUUCUAUUUAAUAUCUACUCGGUAAAAAAAAAAAAAAAGAAAACACAACUUUAAUCUACAAAGUACAUCUAUCGAUUUCUGCAUAUUAUACAUAUGUAUAUCUCCCCACUUUCCCUCUUGUCAGAUAGGAUUUCUCUAAGGCAUCCUCUUUUUUUUUUCGAAAUUUAUGCCAAGUGUUUAAAUUGUACGUUUAUUUUUUUUUUUUCCUUUUCCUUUUCGUGAAAAGGGGAGGACGUACAUGUCGCACGAUAUUUGAUAUAUAUAUAUGUAAGUGUAUCGGCGUUUAGUCAUUGCGUGCAUACGCAAGUUUCUUUUCAUCCGUCGUGAUUUGUUCUGUGUAUCGUAUUCGUGUGUGCGUUUCUUUUGAACGCGUUCCACCUGUGUAUAAAUUGGCUGUCGCGUUAUGUGUAAUGAACUAUUCAAAACAGCAAA